AUGAGGCUCACAUCUCUUCUCGCCUUGGCCACUGUGGCCCUUGCUGGUCGACGAGACAAACCUGGCGACAAGAUGUUGGUUGACACUUCGGCUGUUGCUGGAGCCCUGAGCAAGUCUGCCAAGUUCGGGGUUGAUCCCGGUGAAACCAACCUGGAGUAUUACAACAACUACUGGGCGUGUCCUCAGUACAUGGCGACUCUGAUGAUAUGGUACCGAGCUGUUGUGCCAGAUGAAGAGCAGUGGAAGAAGGUGCUUCAGUCAGAUAUCGUGGAGACAUACAACGAGUAUGGCAAGAUGCACCUGACUCUUGACGAGGUAGUGGCCGUGUACGAAAACGGAACCAAAUACGUCGAGACUCCCAAAAAUGCCUCCGCUAUCGUCUAUGCACCUGUCCCAUUCAACCAGACUGGUUAUGACGAGUACUACCCUACCGUCAAGGAGUUUUACAAACAGCUUGACCUGGGCACAUACUAUGGAGGCGGUCUCUUGGCCUAUUGGCUUGCCAUCUUCCUCAUCGGAAUGUUCACCAACCUUGCCAAACAUGCAUUUUUCGGCAUCUACCAGAAGAUGAAGGGCCACAGGUUCCGAAAACAUGUCUCGUUGCCCGCUCUGUGGGGCUACAAGCACUGUCAGACCUCUGGAGGAUGGCUCGGAGGCUUUAUCAGCAUGUGCACUCCUACCCGAGCCCAGUCGCUGGCUGUGGCUGGAUACCUGAUUAUGGCCUUCAUUUUCUGCUUCACCCAGUUCGACCUGUUCACCCCCAACUACUACUUCGAGGCCAAUGGUGACCAGCUGGCCCGAUACUUGGCUGACCGAACAGGAAUCAUGGCCAUGACCCAGAUUCCCAUUGUGUUCCUGUUUGGAGGCCGAAACAACUUCUUCAUGUGGUUGACCGGUUGGUCCUUUGACACCUUCAACAUCUACCACCGAUACUCAUCCCGAGUCAUGGUGGUGUAUGCCAUCAUCCACUCCAUUUGCUACUCGUACAUUGAACGAGGUUCGUACUUUGCUAUUGCUUCCUCCCAAUUUUACUGGAUCAUGGGCGUGGUUGCUACCAUCUGUGGCUCUCUGAUUCUCUUCCAGGGCCUGCACUUUUUCCGAUCCCGUUGGUACGAGACCUUUCUGGUCAUCCAUCUGGUGCUGGCCGUAGCCUUUCUCGUGGGAAUGUGGUACCACUGCAGGACUCUUGGGUGGAUGCAGUACCUGUAUGCAACCAUUGCUGUUUGGUCUUUUGAUCGGUUUGCUCGAAUCGUUCGAAUUUUCUGGUCCGGAUUUGUGGUAUCAGGCGACUUUGAGCUCGUUGAUCCCGAUCAGCUCAUCGUCAAGGCCGAGAUGGAUUACUCCAAGUGGUGGAGCAUCUACCCCGGAGUCCACGUGUACAUUUACAUCCUCAACGGCAAGUUCUGGGAAUCCCAUCCGUUCACCGUCUACCAGUCCCCGUUUGCUGAAGAGACUGGUAAGAUGACUGUACUGCUCAAGGCCAAGGAAGGUAAGACUCUGUCUCUGGCAAACCUGCUCGCCAAGGGAGACGGCAAGCGACGCCUCAAGACUCUCAUUGAGGGACCCUAUGGCUCGAAGCACCCCAUCGGUAAGUAUGACUCGUCCAUCUAUGUUGCCGGAGGUAUCGGUAUCACUGCCACGUACUCGUAUGCUGUCGAUGUCAUAAAGAAGAGCACUGCCAAGACACUCGUUUUCACGUGGGUUGUGCGAAACGAAACGUGCCUCACCUGGUUCAAAACUGAGCUUGACACUCUGCUUGCUGACCCGCGCGUGGAGGUCAAUCUUUACGUCACCGGUAACCAUACUGACAUCCCUCCUCUUGGCGGCUCGGAAUCGGACUCUAAAAACUCGGAAAAGUCCGUGUCGGAAAUGAACCCUCGGCUCAAUAUCGUUUACGGACGACCUGACAUGACCGUGGAGAUGCCUGCGUACAUUGAGCGAUGUGCCGGCUCCACUGCCAUUGUUGUUUGCGGUCCUCCCGUGCUGAAUGACGACAUCCGUCUGUCGUUGGUCCAGUCGGCUGAUUGUUCCAAAGUGGACUACUACGAGGAGGCGUUCUCGUGGUAG